AUGCCCAAGCCCCACCAAGCCUCGCCAGCGCCGCCGACGCCGCUCCAGCUCCCGCUCUCCAUCCUCCCGCCGCGGGGCUGCCCGCUCGCCACCGCGCUGCUGGCGCUGCUCUCGCUGCUCCUCGCCACCGCGCUGUGGCUCGUGCUCGUGCUGUCCCCGGCCCAGGCCCCCGUGGCGUCCUCCUCCUCCGCGCUGUCCUACGCGGCGGCGGCGGAUGAGGCGCUCUCCGCCGGCGACGCGUCCUCCCCGCUUUCGCUCGCCCACAUCGUCUUCGGGAUCGCCGGCUCGGCGCACCUCUGGCCGCGUCGCCGCGAGUACAUCCGCCUCUGGUGGGAUCCCGCCUCCAUGCGCGGCCACGUCUGGCUCGACGCCAGCGCGCCCGGCGCGCCGGGGCCCAGCGCUGCCGGGGAGGACUCGCUCCCGCCGAUCCGGGUGUCCGAGGACACCUCGCGCUUCCGGUACACCAACCCGACGGGCCACCCUUCUGGGCUCCGGAUCGCGCGCAUCGCUGCCGAGGCCGUGCGGCUCGUGGGGGGUGGGGGCGCGCGGUGGGUGGUGCUCGUGGACGACGACACCGUGCUGUCCCCGGACAACCUGGUGGCGGUGCUCGGGAAGUACGACUGGAGGGAGAUGGUGUACGUCGGGGCCCCGUCGGAGAGCCACUCGGCCAAUACCUAUUUCAGCCACGGCAUGGCGUUCGGAGGCGGAGGCGUCGCGCUCAGCUUCCCCCUCGCCGCUGCGCUCGCGCGGACACUCGACGUGUGCAUCGAGAGGUACCCCAGGCUGUAUGGAAGCGACGACCGCCUCCAUGCUUGCAUCACGGAGCUUGGCGUGCCCCUUUCCCGCGAAUAUGGCUUCCAUCAGUGGGAUAUCAGAGGCAAUGCCCAUGGUAUAUUGGCUGCUCAUCCAAUCGCUCCUUUCAUCAGUAUCCACCAUGUGGAGUUUGUGGAUCCUAUAUAUCCUGGAUUGAACUCUCUUGAGAGCUUGGAGCUUUUUACGAAGGCUAUGAAAAUAGAACCCAUGAGCUUCUUGCAGCGCUCAGUUUGUUAUGAUAAGAGGCAGAAGCUUACACUUGCCAUCUCUUUGGGUUAUGUUGUUCAAGUGUACCCCAGUGUUCUUCUUCCUCCUGAAUUGGAGCGAUCCGAGCGGACUUACAUCGCUUUUAAUAGGAUGAGCCAGAGAACUGAAUUUGAUUUUGACACCAAGGAAAUUCAGAAGUCUAUGUGCAAGAGGCCAGUCUUAUUUUUCUUGAAGGAUGUUUGGAAGGAUGGGAACAUAACUAGAGGCUCUUACAUAAGGUCAAGUGAACGGGAUGACCUCAAAAGGAAGGUGUUUUGCUUUAGGUCACCUCCUUUAUCUGGCAUAGAUGAGAUUCAAGUUUCUGCGUCCCCAUUAAGCAAAAGAUGGCAUCUGGCACCAAGAAGGUUAUGCAGUGCUGUGAAAGAAUCUAUUAAUGGUACUCUGUUUAUGUUUGUUCGGCAAUGUGGGCGCAGAGCAUUCGGCUCCGCUUCUGAUUCUCUUGAUUGA